GUCUUCACAGAGAGCAGCCAUGGAGAGCAAUUGUGUAGUGCCAGCUGCUAAGACCGUCCCUAGAAGUAGACGCCUCACAUCGAUACUGUCGCGCAUGGACUCGUCAUUUGCUUGGGCAGUGAGGUCGCUUUUGCUGCGACCAUGCGCAUCAGUUCUAUGCGUUCUUUUCCAAAGGAUCCAAUAGCUCCAUUCAACAACUCUCGGUGGUAGUCUCCGUCCGUUGUUAGCACGAACUCACUGUAUACCAUACGCAGUACACCGUAUACUCUACAGCCGUUGCCGUGACGCUACGCACGUGCUUUCAGUGAAAUCCAUCGCAAUGGCUAACAUUGUGUCGGAGAAUCAUCCGCUUAGCGACACUACAAAUCCUUGGCACUUACCAAUCCGCGCGGAGGGCGAAUUCGUGAACCAUUCCCGAAACCGCCGCGACGAGCCGGCUCAGCAGCGGCACGGCCAGCACCGUCGGUCACGGAGUCGAGGCUCCAUUCAAGACCCCCCUUCCCAUCUGGCUUCCCAUUCCGCGGCCCAUUCGAGCCACUCGCAGCGGCCGCCAGCGUCCCGGGCCUCUGCGACCGCCAUCGCGAUGGUCCACCAGCCACACCCCUCCGGAGCGAGUCAGGCGGAGGUUCUCCAGUGGCUCAAUAACGCGAAUCCGCUGAGACACACAAUGGCGGCGGACGCCGACGUCAACCGUGGUGCUGCCGGGCAUGUGCUGCCGAAUAAAGUGAAGAGAACGCGGCCGGCUACGGCUUCUGAUGCGGACAGGCCGUUUUCUCGCGACUAUGGCGGUGGCUCGAGCUCAGCGUCGACCUCGACGGUCGUUCGUCUGAGUUGUAAGCCCGCCAUGAAUCCCGCCGAUAUCUUCUCGCCUAAUAAAGCUGGUCGUCUCGACGCGUUCCUGACGGCUGCUGCAGCCGUGGCCGUUGGAGGCGCUGAAGUCGCACGGCGACAGACGGCAGGCGACAACUCAGCGACACGUCUUGCUUCGCGGCUAUCGCCUCAGACCGGCUCCGUCCGAUCUUGUUCUACCCAGUCCGCUAUCUUAGACAAUACCCACCCGUCCCCGCAAUCCGCGACCGACGAUCAGAGCAGCCCCUACUCCUCCGCCUUCCCGCACUCCAGCUCCGAUGGCUCACAGUCACACCACUCACAAUCACUCCACUCACAAUCACACCAAUCACAGUCACACCUGGUACAAGCACGCUUGCCGCGGUCGCAGACCCAUGCAGAUGAGAAGGUUCCCUCCCUCGGACAAGGGCUGUUCCCCCACUCCCAGUCCGUAUCUUGCGCCGGGCCUCAGAGGCCCCAUAUAAGCACGUCGCCCUCCGAGCUUCGUUAUAUACAGGGCGCGAUACAGUGUCAGUCACCGAGCUCGAGCAAGAGAACCGCGAAGACAAGCAGGAGCAGCAAGAGCUCGAGAAGCAGCAACAGCAACAGCAGCAGCAGCAACACUGAGGGAGGCCCCAUCAAACCCUGCCGAUCUCGCACGGACGGAGACUGCAAGCGCGCUCCCAACAGGAGAUCAGAGAGUGAAUCUCAGCUGUCCGUUCUUCCACAGCCACGAUCUGCACCAGAUCUGCUCGAUCUGGACCGUCCAGAGAGUCCUCUAGAUGCGGCCACCAGUCAGCAGGCGAGUCAGGCGGAGGAGGAACGCCAUCUAGCCGCGAGACCAGUGCAAGAAACGGAUGUGACAGCAUCGAGGCUGAGUGAUGCGGAUGGUGAUGAAUCUGGGGGUUGCUGGAGUGACUGUAACGAGAUGGUGGCCGAGCGAGGGGGGAGCAGGAGACACUCUGCGCGGCCAAAAACGGCUCCUGCGCCCGAGGAAAGGCAGGGAGCGCAAGGAAGGCUCCCCAGACCUAGCAGUUGCGAGGAUAUCAGUGGCCACGUGGCGGAUUCUGAUUGGCUGGCGGAGGGCAAUGCAGUGAGCGAAAAGAUGACACUUUUCAAGCAGAGGUUGAAAGAGUUGAAGGUGAGGAGGCACUCGGAUGAGGGGGUGCUCGGAAACAAGAUGUCCCUGUUCCGACUCCGGCUGAACGCGCUGAGAAUGGGAAACGAGAAGGGCAAUAAGGGGGAUGAAAAAGGGGAGCGGAACAAGAUGGAGGAAUUCAAGAGACGGAUUGGGGAGCUGAGGGUGGGGCGGGAGAGGGAGGAGGAGAGGAGGCGGAAGGAGAAGGAGAAAAGGAGCAAAAGCAGGGAGAGAGGGAGAGAUAGAGAGACAGGGAGACAUAGAGGUACAGGGAGGGAUAGAGAGGCGGGGAGGGAUGGAGAGAGGAGGCGGAGCAAGAGCAAGAGCUGCGACCAGUCGGAGUAUGCGAGGAUGAUGGCGUGCGAUAUGAGUGAGGGGGAAGUUCAGAUCCGGAUCGACCGAGAGAGCAUGGUUAGGAUCCAAACGCAGGGGAGGAUGGAUGGCGUAGAGGGCAAGGAGGAACGGGAGAGAACUGGAAAGCAGGCAGGGAGGGAGCAGGGCAGAGGGAAGGGGCAGGCAAGGCCAUCAAGGGCUGAGGGUGAUGCUCAGAAGAAAGAGACUCACCACAGUCGGUCCCGGAGCAUGGAUGUCAGCAAGAAGGGCCCGUCGCACCGGAGAGGCGUGAGUAUGGACGUCUCUAUGCAUGGGAGCCCUGCACGGCCCUGUAAUCCUGCUGCUGCUGCGGCUGCUGCUGCCGCUGCUGCUGCUGUGGCUUCUGCGGCUGCUGCUGUCCCUGCUCCUGCAGCUCCUGUGCUGCAAAGUGUCGAGCCCAGGGGGAGACUGACCCAGUCCGCCAGCUUCCACGGCCACGCUGCAGCCUGCACCUCCGCUGCACCUUCAGCUGCUGCUCUCACGCACACACGCACCUUCAAUGGGACGUCCACUGCCACAGCCACUGCAGCAUCCACGGCUGUUAGCAUUGCCGCCACCGCCCCUGCUGCUACUGCUGCGGCUGCUGCUGCUGCUGCUGCGGCUGCUGCUGCUGCUGCUGCUGCUGGUGCUGGUGCUGGUGCAAGCAGGCCCAAGUCGAUCCCCUCUGGCCUUCCUGCCCCUGCUCCCCGUAAACUGGGUGGGGCCCACAGGCGCAGUGCCUCCGACAGCGGGCAGGCUGUGAUUGGUCCAGGCAGGGCGGGCAGGGCGGACGGGGCAGCUGAAGCAAGAGGGUGUGAGCAGGGCGGACGGACAGGGCGGAUGGGCGGGGCGGGCAGGACGGGCGGGCAUGAGCGAGCAAGAGGCUCUCGAGCAUCCUUGGGAAGAGGCUCGAAGAAGUGCUCGCCCGAGAGAGCAGUGGGAGCACAGAGAGGGGUGAGCGGAGUGAGUGGAGUGAGCGGAGCGAGGGCAGCAGGUGGUGGAGCAGCAGGGGAGGGCUCGUCUGAGGGGGGUGCAGCAGAGGGUAGGCGAAGCCGGUUCAGGCGGGUGUUCUGCAUGGACGCCCCCUCUGUGGCGUGCGACUGGUGCAGCGACGGGGAAGAUAUAGGAGCACAGUCAGGCGGAGGCUUUUCUGAUGGGGAAGAGGGGGGCGAGGAGGACGGGGAUGAUGCGGCCACGGUUUCAUGCAUGGGAGCCAGCCAACACAACCUUGAUCCCCACCAGAACCAGCACCAGCACCAGCUACAGCACCAGCACCAUGAAGGCGAUGCAAGUGCCACAUCGCCUGGUUCUAGCCACUACUCUGUGGCCCAUGCUCGUUCUCGCUCCUUCUCUGCGCGAGGAUCCUUGGAGUCACUGGAAAGAGCGUCUGUGGGCCGUGCUUCAUCGCGCCCCAGCACUGCACAGAGCGGAAGACGUCCCUCCACUGCUUCGUCUGCCAGUGCUGCUGCUGCUGAAGGCGCCAGUGCUUCCCAGCUGCGGCGCAUUGCAUCCCAGCAGGCACAUCCGCCAUGCUCGGCCUUGGAGGCAGGUAAGGUGCGGCGGGUGGCGUCACAGCAUGGGGGCGAGGCGACCGUCGUGCCCCAUAGGCAUGCCAGCACGGGCCAUAAGGGCAGUGCAGUCAUCCACAUACCGCGCUCACUCACCCAGCAGCACCCACCGGCCCCGGUUAACCUACGUCCUGAGGCGUGUCAGGGUACAGGUAAGAGGGAGGAUGCUCCCAUCCGCCUGCCACGAUCCCUGACCCAGCAGCAACCUCAGCACUCCCAUGCUCUUAGAUCAGCUGGUGUCGACUUGGAUGCACGCGAUUUUCGUCGAGCCAGGUCCCAGCAGCAACCAGCCGCAGUAGUGGCGCUGCAGCAGCAGCAGCAGCAGCAGCAGGGAGCGGCGCAGAAGGGAGAGGGAGGAGCGGCUGACAAGCUGUUUGCGAUGCUGGAUGCGUUGGCCAAGGAGCGGCCGCAGGACCUGGCGAAGCUGCAGCAGGUGGAAGGGGAGGAGAUGGGGGAUGGAGGCGUGGAUGUAGAUGAUGGGGAUGAGAGGUGGGACGACGAAGCGGAUGAGUCUGAUGAGGCGAGGAGCUGCGAAGGGAAGAGGGCAGGCAGUCGAAGGAGCAAGGAAAGGGAUGGACCCAGUACGACCCAGACUAGCGCUCGCGACGCUGCUGGCACUGACGUUGAUGCUGAUGCUGAUGAAAAUGGUGGUGGUGAUAUAUGGGAGAGGGCGCAGGAGGAGGAAGAAGCGGCAGCAGCAAGAGCCGACUCCCACCCGAGGCACCACGUCCUAGGCAGGGAAUACUCCGAUGUAGCAGCCUCGUUUGUUAUUAUAAAGAGGGAGGUGCUGGGGCAGGGCGAGCUGGGCACGGUGAGGAGGUGUGUGGAGGUGGCGUCUGGGGAGGUGUAUGCGUGCAAGACAGUGGAGAAGCGGGGGAUAGUCACGAGGGAGGAUGCGAGGGAUGUGAGGCGCAUGGUGGCAUGCCUGGAGGCUGUCAGGGGCCAUCCGCAUGUGCUUGCACUCAAGGCCGUGUUCGAGGAUGCAGAGAACAUACACGUCGUCACAGGGCUCUGUGCGGGCGGCGAGCUGUUUGAUUUGAUUCGGUGCAACGGGCGGCUGAGCGAGGGCGUGUGUGCGUCGGUGUGCAGAGGAGUGGUGGCGGCGCUGCUGCACUGCCACCGCCAGGGCAUCAUGCACCGCGACGUCAAACCCGAGAACAUUCUGCUCCUGCACCCGCGCUCCCACUCCCCUGUCAAGCUCUCGGAUUUUGGGGUGGCCACUGCGUUUAAGAAAGGCGUCCCCCUGCAUGAUGUUAUGGGCACACGUGAGUACAUGGCACCGGAGGUAAUCAAGGGUGCAUAUGGCCCCGAGGCUGAUGUAUGGAGCGCGGGGGCUGUCCUCUACAUCAUGCUGUGCGGCGCGCCGCCUUUCUGGUCCUCGGCCAAUCACAGCGUGACAGAUGCCAUCCUCAGGAAGCCAGUGACGCUGCGCACAUCGCGGUGGCGAGGGGUGUCGGAGGAGGCAAAGGAUCUGGUGGUGAGAAUGCUGGAGAAGGACCCAAGAAGGCGAAUCACGUGCAACCAAGUUCUAGACCAUCCUUGGAUUCUUAAAUGGAGGCGAAGCGACAUGGACGGCAAGACGCAUUAGUGCCAUACAUGGAUGUUGGAGAAUAGCAUUUAGGGCAGUGGAGGAUAAGUGCGAGCAUCUAGAUUUCCUAGGUCGUAUGCUAUAUCCAUGUUGGGCUUUAUAAAGAAAAGGGGGAAUACAAUGAUGUUCUUUGG